CCCUCCCGUCAAUUUUCACAGCCGAAACCUAAAGACGAGCUCCCGGCCAAAAGCUCGGAGGCGAUCUCUCCAAGAAGCUGUGCUACGGCUAUCGCCAACAUUUCUGACGAGUAACGGCACAGGAUAACAAUAAUUUCCACGUUCUCCCGUCUUCUUUUGAACCUCCUGACAAUCGGAACCGGAUCAUUCGAUACAUUCUGGCUGCGAUAAAUACUGAAAGAGUAACCAUUAGGCCAGAUGAUUUGCCCAGUUUUUGAGGCGCAAGUUAGCAGCACUGGCUAACAUUUCUAUACAUAGCCUGUGAUUGCUGUCCGUCUUGCAGCCAAGCUGGCACUUUUGUGAAUGCCGCGUCCUCUUGCUUUCUGAUUUUUUAAAAAAAAAAUUUAAACGGCGUUAAUGUCUGUUUUGCGUCGUACAGCAAUGGAACUCCGUAAUCUUUCAAAAACAUCGAUGCUAUAGGAAACACUGGGAAAGAAAAGUCUACAGUAGUUUUGCUGGUAAUAUGGGAGUGCAAAAGGAAAGGAGGGGAAUGCUUCUGCUGAUGAUCGCAGUCACUACCUUGCUCAAGAAAUAAUUUCUUAAAAAAACUGGGAUCUCAAACGAAUAAACGCAUAUCCACCUUAAGGAUCAAGACAUUUCCAUGACGGAUUAAUGAGCUUUCAUUGGUCGUUCAGAGAUCGCUGGAGUUUUUUCCCCCCAAAACAUAAUUAAAGGCCCUUUGGAUUAGUCUCAGAUCUAUGCUUUCGUAUUCAUUCCGUCAAGCUUUUCCGCAGAAAGACUUGUUUCUCAACGCUAAAUUCAAAUAUUCAACCAGCCAGCUUGUGUAUUUGCUAUUUAUAUACUAAAAUAAGAGCUACGCUAGUUUACUGGAAAACCACAAGAAAAAAAAAAAACGUUAUAUUCUAUCGGAAUACAGCGAAUUGUAAGUUAUUGGUCUGAGCGGACGGAGAGUAUCUAACCUUUGCAUGAAUAAAUUUCAUAACGCUUUGACAAUUGCUUUUUGCCGUUGUUAGACUGUUACUACUGAAGGAAAAAUAUCAAAACGUCGACAUUACAAGCCGAAGCCGCACAGAGCAAUUUAAAUUGAAAACGGACGCCGGUCUAAAUGGCAAUCUCAGCAAGAUAAAUGAAACUGGGCUUUUUCUAAGCGAAGCGGUAUGAAUCAUCUUUCUUCCCCCGUCGUUUAUUCGGACACAUUCAGCCGAUGAGGGAGACCAACGGCUUGGGGGAAAAGGGCGAAAAAAGGAAAAGUUUCUGAGAGGAGCGGAGGAGCCUGAAAGGGAGACGCCGUAAUGGCAGUUACUGGGCGAAUGUGGCUACUGGUGACACUGGGGCUCUGCGCCGUGCUCCCGCUGCCUCCAGGCGCUGCUGCGGAGGCCGAGGAUCGAGUUUGUGCCUUCUACGACCACCUGCAGAAGCCAGGCGAGCAGCAUGCGGUUAGCGAGGGCCCCUCCCGGGGGAAUGCCACUGUCCACUGUGCCCGUGGCAGCCACUGCUACGGCAUGUGGGAGAAGACCAGCAAUGGGGAAGUCUCGCUGGUCAAGCAAGGCUGCUGGACUAACUUUGGUGACCAGCAGGACUGCCAUGAGGACCGUUGUGUGAUCUCAGCCACGCAGAUCCAGAACGGCACUUACCGAUUCUGCUGCUGCAGCUCUAGUAUGUGCAACCUGAACUUCACGGAGGACUUCGCCCCAUCUGCCCCAGAUGGAGAUGAGUGGGUGGAGGAAGGAGCAGGAGGAGUGACGAAGGGGGGCCCUCUUUCCCAGGCUGCUAAGAGGGAUGAGCUGCAGUGUGUCUUCUACAACCAGCAGCCGAAGCCAGACGGGGUGGAGCGUGUCUCACGGGAGAACACCACAAUCCACUGCCCGUAUGGCAAAAGCUGCUAUGGCCUGUGGCAGAAGGGCCAGCAGGGGGGUAUCCAGCUGGUCAAGCAAGGUUGCUGGACUCACAUCAAUAAUCAGCAGCAGUGCCAUGACGACCGUUGCUUGGUUACGGCAGCGUCUUCAAAGAUGAACAGUAGCAUGCUUUUUUGCUGCUGCAACACCAAUAUGUGCAACCUGAAUUUUACAGACCUCUCCCAGCCUGCCGCUGUCAACACCCAGCUGAUCCCCUCUCCGAAUGAGGAGCGUGAGUGUGCCUUCUACGACCACCAGCAGCAGCUGGACGAGCAGCACGUGGACGGCGUGGGCCGCGUCGCACAGGAGAACACCACGGUGCGCUGCGUCCAGGAGAGCCGCUGCUACGGCCUCUGGGAGAAAGCGCAUGAUGGAGGCAUCCGGCUGGUCAAGCAAGGUUGCUGGGCUCACGUGAGUGACCAGCAGGAUUGCCAUGAUGACCGCUGUGUGGUUACAGCAACGCCCCUGCCAAUCCAGAACGGCACCUACCGCUUCUGCUGCUGCAGCUCCAAUAUGUGCAACCUCAACUUCACAGAGGACUUCCCUCUCUUUGGACCCACCAGCACCCAGCCUCUGUACCCGCAGCCACUAUAUCAGGAGGAGGCCAUUGUCAUUGCCUUGGCAGCUGUUUCCUUGGUAGCGGUCCUCAUUGUUGCCAUCAUCCUCGGCUUCCGUGUUUUGACCGGAAGUCGCAAACAGGGCCUCCACAACCUGGACAAGAUGGAGGCAGCUGCCUCUGAACCUUCACUGGACCUGGACAGCCUGAAGCUUUUGGAGCUGAUUGGCCGUGGACGUUAUGGCUCUGUGUACAAGGGGUCCCUGGACGAGCGCCCCGUGGCCGUCAAGGUCUUCAAUUACACCAACAGGCAGAAUUUUGUGAACGAACGUGCCAUCUACAGGGUGCUUACUCAGGAGCAUGACAACAUAGCACGCUUCGUGAUUGGGGAUGAGCGCAUGACAGCUGACGGACGCAUGGAGUACUUCCUGGUGAUGGAGUACUACCCACAUGGGUCCCUAAGCCAGUACCUGAGUCUGCACACUGGGGACUGGGUCAGCUGCUGCCGCCUGGCCCACUCUGUAACCCGAGGGCUGGCCUACCUGCACACAGAGCUCAUGCCAGGAGACACCUACAAGCCGGCAGUGUCCCAUCGGGACCUGAAUAGCCGCAAUGUCCUGGUUAAGAAUGAUGGCACCUGUGUGAUCAGUGACUUUGGCCUGUCCAUGAAGCUCACAGGAAACAGGCUGAUGCGGCCCGGGGAAGAGGAGAAUGCCGCCAUCAGUGAGGUGGGCACGAUCCGCUACAUGGCCCCCGAGGUGUUAGAAGGUGCAGUGAAUCUGAGGGACUGUGAAUCUGCCCUCAAACAAGUGGACAUGUAUGCUCUUGGGCUCAUCUACUGGGAGAUCUUCAUGCGCUGCGUCGACCUCUUUCCAGGAGAAGCUGUGCCAGACUAUCAGAUGGCCUUCCAGGCAGAGGCAGGGAACCACCCUUCCUUUGAGGACAUGCAGGUGCUGGUGUCCAGGGAGAAGCAGAGGCCCAAGUUCCCUGAAGCCUGGAAGGAGAACAGUCUAGCUGUGCGCUCCCUAAAGGAGACCGUCGAGGACUGCUGGGACCAGGAUGCAGAAGCGAGGCUCACCGCCCAGUGUGCUGAGGAGCGUAUGGCCGAGCUUCUCGUUAUAUGGGACCGCAACAAGUCUGUCAGUCCCACUGUCAAUCCCAUGAGCACUGCUAUGCAGAACGAGAGAAACUUGUCCCACAGUCGCAGGGUGGCAAAGAUGGGGCCUUAUCCUGACUUCUCAAGCUCCUCAUACAUUGAGGACCAUGAAACCAUAGUGAAGAAUCUGCCAAGUGACCUCUCUAAUUCGGGCACCUGCUCUGUUAAUGGACUGGGCAGCAUCAGCAAUGGGAUGUCUGGUGCAGGAGAGAAGAACCGGAACUCCAUCAAUUACGAGCGUCAACAAGCCCAGGCCCGGCUUCCGAGCCCAGAGACUCGUGGGCCCAGCCUGUCCACCACCUCAACCACCUCCACUACCACCACUACCACUGCUACUACCACUGGUUUGAUGUCUGGCACAACUAUGGCAACCAUUUCUGAGUCAGACUGCCCUGAUAAUGGACCAGCCAAUGGGAUGCCUGUUUGUCUGCAGCUUACAGAGGAGGACCUAGAGACAACCAAGCUAGAUCCUAAGGAAGUGGACAAGAACCUGAAAGAGAGUUCUGACGAGAACCUGAUGGAGCACUCUCAAAAGCAAUUCAGUGCUCCAGACCCACUCAGCUCUGGAAGCUCCAAUCUGCUGUACCCUCUCAUUAAGCUGGCUGCUGAGGUCUCCGGGGCUAAUGGGACUGGAGGACUGGUACAGGCUGAUCCAGCAGUGCCAGCCAGUAUGCCCUGUGAACCCCCUGCAGCUGUGUUUCCUUUACCCAAGCAGCAGAAUCUGCCCAAACGACCCAGUAGCCUGCCGCUCAACACCAAAAACCCAGCCAAGGACUCCUCCUUGCGUCUCAGAUUUGGCAAACUCGGCAAGUCCAACCUGAAGCAAGUGGAGACAGGCGUGGCAAAGGUAAACACCAGCAGUGGUGCUGAGCCGCACCUGGUCAUGGUCACCAACCACGGGCAGGGGAGUCGGGGGACAGGGAAUGGAUACGCGGGCAUGUCGUCUUCCAGGGGCGCUCAGUACGGCAACGUGAACCCAGCUGGUCCCCAGGUGGAUGGGACUGCCCCACUGCUGCAGACCCAGCUCAGCGGCGAGGACAACCGGCUCAACAUCAACUGCAGCCCUGAUGAGCACGAGCCCCUGCUGAGGGGGGAGCAGCCCGCUGCCCGGGAGCGGCAGCACGCCAGUCGCCCCAACACCAACAACAACAACAGCAACGGCAAUGGCCAGGACGACGUGGGUAGCGGAAGGUCCUGUCCCUCUGAGGAGGCUCCUGCAGUCCCACAAGCUGAAGCCCAUGCCUCCGUUCCUCCCCCAGACCCUACUCCAGCACCCAUAGAAUCACAAGAAAAAGCUGUACUGCGACCUCCCAGACCCAGGAGACCAGAACGGCCCAACUCCCUGGACCUGUCUGUUACCACCCUGGGAUGCUCAUCUGCCUUUGGUGAAGGAACAUUGCAGGAUGAAAAGACGGGAUCUGGUGAGAAGAUUAAGAGACGAGUGAAGACUCCUUACUCUCUGAAGGGCUGGCGCCCCUCCACCUGGGUCAUCUCCACCGGCAGCCUGGAUGCCGAGGUCAGCAACCACCACGGGAGCAUGUCCUUUAGAGAGAGCCAGCCGCGGUCAGCCGGAGGCAGGCCUAAACUCAGCACCGCUCUUGUGCCACAGGGAGCAGGUACUUCUGCCCCCACCCUGACCUCUGACCCCCACGACAUCACCUACUUGUAAAUCGUGACCUUCAGAAAAGGACAGAUUUAACAGGAGCAGUUUUAUUCACACCACGUUUUAUUGUCCUACUGUUUGAGAAAAAUUCCACAAAGGACUGAUGAAAUUAAGAACCCAGAUCAAAUGAGGGCUUAAUUUGGAAUUUUCACUAUUUCAACUUUAAAGAUUUUAAAGAAAUUGCUUUAAAAAGUACCCUUCUAUGCAGUAGUAUGGGAUGUGUUAUUUUCAGUAUGUAUCUGUAUUUCUAAUAUUUUUGCACAUUGUAAAAAGCUUAAUCACAUCAUUUUGUCUUUGCCUUGUAAGCAUGCAAAAUACUGAAAAACAGUGGUCUUAAAACAUCAUUUAUAUAUAUAAAUAUAUAUAAACAAUCCAUGGACUGCUCAUGUAUUCAUGUAAA